GUUCAAGUGAAUCGCCGCCUAGAGCUCGUUUCCCUUUUGACGUCUGACACCCCUCCAUUUCCUAACGAUUCAUUCUUUCCCUUCAUUUAAAAGAACCUUCAAACUCCAACAUUCGUACUUUUCCCAGCAUCAUCAUCAUCGUCAUCUUGAUUUUGGGAGCCGAGCAAACCGCAAUUAUGUACACGCGGCUGCAGCACUUUGCCGACGCCGUCUAUAAGAGGGCCGUCGAAGAGACUCCUCGCGAACCCCAGCUUCCCGGCUGGUCCUUCUGGGUCUUCCUCGCCGACUUCAUCGUCUUCCUCCCCAUCAUCCUCUGGACUUCCUACACCCUCCACCAGGUCUACCCCAUCUUCGCCAUCGUCGAGGACGAGAACCCGCCCGCCUACGACCCCGUCAACCUCGCCGAAGAUGAGGGCGCCAUCCCCUCCGCCGGCCCCGAGGUUCGCCCCGACGGCCCCGUCCCCCAGACAAAGGUGACCGGAGGCCGCCCCACCACCGUCACCUCCUCCAUCCGCUCCAUCAACCGCCUCCUGACCACCUACGGCGGCUGGCGCUCAAACUUCCGCGGCUUCGGCGUCUACUUUGUCCAGGCCCUCGCGACCAACUUCCUCUUUGGCAUCUUCUCCUCCUUCCUCCCGGACAUCCUCGCCUCCCUCGCGACCCUCCUCUCCGCCCUCGCCCUCGUCCAGCUCUCCGCCGUCUGGGUCCACAUCGUCAUCACCCCCUCGAGCUCCGACUACUUCUGGAAGCGCCUCCCGCCCUUCAAGCGCACCUUUGACGCCACCGCGAAGCCCGUCGCCGCCUACUGGCUCGCAGAGCAGGUCGCCACCUGGGUCCCCAUCGCCGUCGGCUGGGCCCUCGGCCUCGACCUCCCCAACUUCCAGUUCGGCAAGCCCAACUCGGUCGUCUCCCAGCCUCAGAGCUCCGACGCCUGGAAGAGCAUCGUCAUCACCCUCAUCAGCAUCGCCUUCCAGAUCAUCAUCGUCAUCCCCGCCCACGUCGUCCUCGUCCGCGUCCAGGCCUCCCUCAUCCCCGAGGAGGCAAACACCAUCAUCCCCUUUGACCGUUCCUUCGAGGGCAAGGUCGAGCCCCGCGUCGUCGGCGGCAAGGGCUACGCCACCAUGGACGACGCCUGGAGCGGCUUCUCCCGCAACGCCUGGAAGCGCCUGGUCAUCCUCUACGUCAAGAUUUUUGCCGUCUCCUUUGCCGCUUUCGCGCUCAUGGCCGCCGUUGUCAUUCCCGAGAUUAUCGUCUUCAGCAAGCUCGCUAAAUAAAUGUUUGGCUAGCAUCUGAAAUCUACAGGCGCCAUCUCUCUCUCAAACUCUUCGGCAAUUGCACUUAUGUAAUCGGUUACCCCCUUCAAGGCUCGCAAGGAUGCGUUGAUGGGAAGAAAGGGGAUAAAGCUUGAAACGCUGUGGUUGUAUUUGCGCAUCACCAUGCACUAAAUCGUCUCUUAGCUAGCUGAAUAGUCUCUGCUUUGUGUCUUGUUAUCACAACUCCAUACCCCAAAUAAAACAGAUUGAAAGAUUGAAAUCACUGCAUCACCAUAAUCGUCAUCAUCAGAAC